GCAGUUCUUAUUAUGAAUUUUUAUUCUACCUGCCAAAUUAUAUGACAUUUCGAUUUAUUAACAUUUAAAAUUUUAGUAAUUAUUAAACACUUAAAUUAAUUGAGUAUGUAACAAUUUUGAUCGCAUCAACGAACCGCGAUCAUCAAUUCCACAAAACACUUACAAUAUGAAAACUUAACAAUUUUUUUAAUACAUCAACCAAAAUAAUAUUCAUCAACAGAAAGAAAUAAGUUAUUGAACAGGACAAAAUGAGUCGACGUCCAGGUCUAACAAGAACUGAACAACUUCGUCAAGCCAGAACUGCCAGAGAGCUUGAAAGGCAAGAAAGAGCUGCAAGACCACCACCAGAACCAAAAGUACGCAGACGGCACAUUAGGCCUGAACCAAAAAAACUGGACUUCACUAGACCAGCAAUGACUAAAGCAAUGUUAGCUAGAGUAAAACAAGCUGAAAAAUUUAAACAAGAGUAUGAACGUAAGCAUGAAGUUCACCUACCUAGGAGAACACCUGCACCGAUAGGAGGUGAUCCCAGAUUGGGUAGGGAAAGAAUACCACCAAGACGUCCUCCUCCACGCGCACCUCCGGCUGUAACUCCACGACCUGUAAGUCCAGUUGCUGGACCUAGUGUACCCCGUGUACCUUCUCCUCCUAGGAGACCUGUUACUCCUAAAAAACCUGUACCUAAAAAAACCACUGAUUUAGCUAAAAUGAUGAAUGCUGAUGUAAUUCAAGCUGAACCAGUUGGUGAUGGAGUAAUAAAUAAUAUUGUAAUACCUCCUGGAGCAGUAAAUGAAGAACGUACUACUAUUAUUAGUGUAGCACAACCACCUGUAGAGGAAACACAAAUAUCACAAGCAGUUAAUCGUUCAAUUCAAGUGAUCAGGUGAUUUUAUAAAAAUUUUUUUUUCUGCAAUAAUAACAAAGCAUAUAUCACUUUUGACAGUGAAACUCUUAAUGAGCAAGAUGCUGCAGAAUC